UAUCGGGUCCACUUCUCUGUGCCAAGCACGAUCGCGAGACAAGUAUAUUGAAAAUUUUGCUAUAAAUUACUCUACACUUCAGUCAAUUGCAGGACUUCAAAGUGCUCGGUUGGAUUUUCAGCAAGUUCAGUUUUAAACAGUGAAGAGAAGAGAAGAAGUGCAAAAUGAGAGUGUUGGUUUUCCUCCUCGUUCUCUGUGUCUUUCACGAGAUUUGUGCCAGACCGGAAAUUCAGUGGACGGGCGGGCAUUUGGAUGAUAAGUAUGGCCCUCACUUCGAUCAGCACCACGAGAGCCUUUCCGCCGCCCGCAAAGGCGCCGUGGAUCGCUUCUCUCAGAUGGGCGUCACGGGAUCCUACACGCAGGACAUCGGCAGCGGCUCCUCCUUCGCCAGACAAUCCAGCUACGGUGGCUCCUCGUCGUCCUCAUCCUUCGGCAGCAACAGCGGAUUCUCCUCCACUGGCGAUGCUGAACUCGUGGGCGGAUACACUGGUGUGGGCGUCGUGAGCUAUCCAUCUCUCACGUCCGGAGGCUCAAGCUCCAAAUUCUCCAGCAGUUCCAUGCAGGAAAGUCGCUCAGCCGCUGCUCCUGUUCACGUCUACACACCCUCAUCGAGCUCCUCAAGCUCCAGCUUCUCCAGUUCCAGCCAGAGCGAGAGUGUCCAGCAAGCGCAGCCCGUUGUUGUGCCAGUGUCCGGAGGCGCUGAACGCUACUCAAGUCACUCUGAGAGGAUUUCCGAGGUGAAAGCCGUGCCACAGCCCGUCAUUCUGCCCGUCUCUGGCGGCUCCGAGCGCUUCUCCAGUCACUCAGAGAGGAUUUCCGAGGUGAAAGCCGCGCCCCAACCUGUGAUCUUGCCCGUCUCUGGUGGCUCUGAGAGAUUCUCAAGCCAUUCUGAGAGGAUUUCCGAGGUGAAAGCCGUGCCGCAGCCAGUCAUCCUGCCAGUUUCUGGCGGCUCUGAGAGGUAUUCCAGCAGAUCCGAGAGGAUUUCUGAGGUGAGUGCAGUUCCACAGCCAGUGAUUCUGCCCAUUUCUGGCGGCUCUGAGCGCUUCUCGAGCAGAUCCGAGCGCAUCCAAGAGGUAAAGUCAGUGCCACAGCCUAUUAUCCUACCGAGUAGUACUGGCUCUGAGCGCUUCUCCAGUCACUCUGAGAGGAUUCAAGAGGUAAAGUCUGUGCCACAGCCUAUUAUUCUGCCGUCUAGUACAGGAUCCGAGAGGUUCUCCAGCCACUCUGAGCGCAUCUCGCAAUCUCAGGCUCAACCCGUGGUCUAUCCUGUCUACCCAUCCGGAGGCUCUGAGCGCUUCUCCAGCCACCAAGAGAGAUACUCCCAGAGUCAGGCUGCUCCUGUGGUGCCCAUCGUCUAUCCCAGCGGCGGCGCAUCUUCUCGCUUCUCCAGCCACUCUGAGCGCCACUCCUCAUCCAACCUUGCCGCUCCUGCUCCCGUCAUCCUGCCCUCUUCCAGCUCCCGCUACUCUGCCCACUCCGAGUCGCAGAGCCAGGGAUCCAGCCUGCCCACCUACUAUCCCGUCUACACGCCCAGCGGCGGCUCCUCGUCCAAGUUCUCUCGCCAGGAGAGCUUCCAGCGCUCCGGCGGCGGCUACGUGCCCGUUUCCGUCGUUCCUGAGGCCUCCUCGAAGUUCGUGUCCGAGCAGAGCUCCUCCUCGUCCUCCGCCAACUCCGGCGGCGGCGCCUAUGUGUAUCCCACGUAUCCCUACUACGCCCUGGACGGCAGCCGCGUGAGCUCUCGCUUCGGAGGCUCCUCAAUCUUCGACAGCCACUCCAACCUGGGACACUACAUGACCGAAUCCGAGCGUCUGGCUCGCCUUCAGGCGUCCUCCGUCGGCACUGGAGCUUCCCUCUCGGGCAGCUCGACAUUCGAGGGAGAGGCGUACAACGACAAUCUCCUGGGCGCUUCCUCGGCCGGUCUGGGCGGAUCCACGCGCUCCAAGUCGUGGGAGAGCAGCUCCAAGUGGCAGUCAGGCACUCAGUAUGACGCCUCCGGAAGGCCCAAGACUUACGGUCUCCUCUCCACGGCUGAAUCCGAGCAGCACAACGUCGAUGGUAAGUCCACGGGCUUCAAGGCGGCCACAACCACCGUGGAGGAUGACGGCAAGGUCAGCACCUACAGCAUCCACACGCCGUGAAGUGUUGGGAUGGAGAGGAAAUGAUGAAUUCCCUUAAUAAAUUGCUGUCUUUUUU